UUCCCGGCGGCGCUGGCUGGCCCCUGGAGCUCUGCCGCGGAAGCUUCGCGAACCGUGGGGGCUCAGGAAGGCAAGAUGACUUUCCUACUCCAAGAUUGGAACAGCUGAAGAAACCACAAGACAAAAUGAGAACCACAAAGGUCUACAAACUUGUCAUCCACAAGAAGGGCUUUGGGGGCAGUGAUGAUGAGCUGGUCGUGAAUCCUAAAGUGUUUCCUCACAUCAAACUUGGAGACAUUGUGGAGAUUGCUCACCCCAGUGAUGAAUACAGUCCUCUGCUUUUGCAAGUCAAGUCUCUUAAGGAAGAUUUACAGAAAGAAACUAUCAGUGUGGACCAGACUGUGACUCAAGUAUUCCGGCUACGACCUUAUCAAGAUGUCUAUGUGAAUGUUGUAGACCCCAAGGAUGUGACUCUUGACCUGGUGGAGCUGACUUUUAAGGAUCAGUACAUUGGCCGUGGGGAUAUGUGGCGGCUAAAGAAAAGUUUGGUGAGCACCUGUGCCUAUAUCACUCAGAAAGUGGAAUUUGCUGGCAUCAGGGCACAGGCUGGUGAGCUGUGGGUCAAGAAUGAGAAGGUCAUGUGUGGUUACAUUAGUGAAGAGACCAGGGUGGUGUUCCGAUCUACGUCGGCUAUGGUUUACAUAUUUAUUCAGAUGAGCUGUGAAAUGUGGGAUUUUGAUAUUUAUGGGGAUCUGUAUUUUGAGAAAGCUGUGAAUGGUUUCCUUGCUGAUCUGUUUACUAAGUGGAAGGAGAAGAACUGUAGUCAUGAAGUGACUGUGGUCUUAUUUUCCAGAACUUUUUAUGAUGCAAAGUCUAUCGAUGAAUUUCCUGAAGUAAACCGAGCUUCAAUUCAACAGGAUCACAAAGGGAGAUUCUAUGAGGACUUUUACAAAGUGGUGGUACAGAAUGAGAGAAGGGAAGAGUGGACUUCGCUCCUUGUGACCAUUAAAAAACUCUUUAUCCAGUAUCCAGUGUUGGUGCGACUGGAACAUGCAGGGGGCUUUCCUCAAGGAGACAAUUCUACCUCAGCACAAGGAAACUACCUAGAGGCCAUCAACUUGUCUUUCAAUGUGUUUGACAAGCACUACAUCAACCGAAACUUUGACCGAACUGGGCAGAUGUCUGUGGUGAUCACGCCUGGAGUGGGUGUCUUUGAAGUGGACCGCCUACUCAUGAUCUUGACCAAGCAGCGGAUGAUUGAUAAUGGAAUUGGUGUGGAUUUAGUGUGCAUGGGAGAGCAACCCUUACAUGCUGUGCCGUUAUUCAAGCUACACAACCGGAGUGUACCGAGGGAUUCUCGGCUGGGUGACGAUUAUAAUAUUCCUCACUGGAUAAACCACAGUUUCUACACAUCCAAAAGCCAGCUUUUCUGUAACAGUUUCACUCCACGAAUAAAACUGGCAGGAAAGAAGUCUGCUUCUGAGAAAACCAAAAAUGGCCGUGAUACUUCUCUUGGGACCCCAAAGGAAUCUGAGAAUACCCUUCCCAUCCAAGUAGAUUAUGAUGCCUAUGAUGCUCAAGUGUUCCGGCUGCCUGGUCCAUCCCGGGCUCAGCGCCUCGCCACCUGCAGGUCUGUGAGAGAGCAGGAGAAUCACAGUCGCAGAAGUGCCAGCUCCUGUGAUGUCUCAUCCAGCCCUUCCCUGCCAAGCCGUGCACUGCCCACUGAGGAAGUGAGGAGCCAGGCCUCUGAUGACAGCUCCCUCGGCAAGAGCACCAACAUCCUGAUGAUCCCUAACCCCCACCUGCACCAGUAUGAAGUCAGCAGCUCAUUGGGCUACACCAGCACCCGAGAUGUCCUGGAGAACAUGAUAGAACCACCGCAGCGGGACUCUAGUGCACCAGGAAGGUUCCAUGUGGGUAGUGCAGAGUCCAUGCUGCAUGUUCGACCUGGUGGAUAUACACCUCAGAGAGCACUGAUUAACCCCUUCGCCCCAUCGAGAAUGCCCAUGAAGCUCACAUCCAACAGAAGGCGCUGGAUGCACACUUUUCCUGUAGGACCUUCUGGAGAGGCCAUCCAGAUCCACCAUCAAACCCGGCAGAACAUGGCAGAGCUGCAGGGCAGCAGGCAGAGGGACCCUACCCACUCCUCUGCAGAGCUGUUGGAGUUGGCAUAUCAUGAAGCUGCAGGAAGGCACAGCACUUCCCGCCAGCCUGGUGACAACUUGAACUUCAGUGGAACGGAAGAGCUUUCUGUCAGCCUGCUUAGCAACAGUGGUGCAGGGAACUAUCAUGAAAUACCUCAUGAAAUGCAUGAACGGAAGUGUUUCAAAAUGCAGGUCUCACCAGCUUCUUCCCACAGGCACAGCCUCCAGUGGCUCUUCAUGGCUUUUGACCUGUCUCCUGUGUCCCUUUGUGUCUUCACCUGA